UACAAAUCUCAAAAUGGGAAUCACAUUGGAAAGAAAUCUCAGCAAUCUGCAUUUCUAAAAGUGAGGCACAACAGUUUUCUGUCAAAAGGAAAGAUGAAGUUCUUAAAAAUAUAUUUUUACAAGUUUACACAAUGCUGUCAACGGCGAUUCCCUGGAUGCGUCAAUCUGUGCCGAUCAGACGAGACUUCACCCACCAACGAAGUCAUUCGUAGUACUUUGCUCUAUUUUUACGGUUUACUGUUGGGUGGCCUCUUUUGGAGGUUUGUUCUCUCGAAGCUCGGAUUGUCUUUUGAUUUCGAAUUUUCCGUAGGCCUGGUGAUCUGUUUGAUUCUUGGUUAUGGCUGUGCUCUUUCUGUCCAAAUUCGUUGCUACAGCUGUCUGUGCUUAACUGGAUUCCUAGGAAAAGCUGGUCGAGGUAUGCUGAAAGCCAUCGUACUGACUUGCAUUCUUACAGGACCUAUCAACAACAUAAGCUUGAACGCUCGGGAGGUAGUACGGGUGUUCACGUGUUCCGCAGUGUUGACGUACAAUCUGAGCAAAACUCGAUUCGAAUUGAUGACUAAACCGUUCCAGAAUGCACUGCUAGGAAGUAGAGACAACCUAGAACAGGUCAAAGAUGAAUUUGUCGUAAUAGUGGAUAUUAUUGAACCGAUCGAGAAAGAAAUCGAAGGUUUUGAUAAUGUUUCCAAUUUCCGCCAAGAACGGGGAGCAAAUCCGGAUUAUGAACGGUAUCGACAGCAUUACGUGGACAAGCUAAAGAAACGUUGUGAAACUCAGUUGCGCAAAGGCGUGGCCCGAUGUGAGCAAACAUUCCAGAAAGUUUACGAUGAUUGCCAUGAUAAGCUUCCGAUAUUGGUGAACUUUUUGCUUUGUUGGCCCAUGAAGCUGGACAUGAUGUGCGGUGCUAGUAAAAUGUUUGGGGAUCAGGACGAAAUAUGCUCACCAGAUGGCGUUGUUGAUUCGGAAUUCGGACAAGAUUACGGUCAGCUUAAAACUGAAAGAGAGCAAUUGGUAGGAGAUUUGAAAGAUGUUAAUAUUCAGUAUGAAUUUGUUGACAUGGAGCAGCAUGAAGGAUAUUUGACGGCUAAGGAAACAAGUAAAGAAAUUAAAAGAGAAUUUGAACGCAAGAAAGAAUCAUUUGAUAUAAUUGUAUAUAUUCUGGAAAAGAUUUUUGCAUUUAUGAUUCUAAGGGUUACUCUAAACGCUUUGUCGUUUCAUCAGAACUAUCUAAAGAAGUUUGACUUUGAGAAUCAUUACAUUACUGAUUACUUCACACAUGUGGAUCAACGAAGAGCGCGAUAUGGAAAAAUGCACAUCUUGCCCUUGCGACGAAUUGAACGCCCUAACUUAGUUGACCUGGAAUCAACUGCUUGCACACGGCUGGAACUUAGAAAAAUCAUCGUACAGCUAAUGACGCUCCUCCUUCAAGGAAUCUCAGCUGCCAUUUUCAUUCUGCUUGAUGCCCUCUUUUUCGAAACACUGGAUAUUGUAUCCCGACAUUCAAAAGUCGAAUUCAAACAGGAAGGACAUCACGACGUCAAUGUGACCGUCACCGGAACAGGAGUCAUCGCAAUGAUGGUGAGGAGAUCAGUAGAAGGAUUCAAAACGCAAGUUAAACUGGAUCUCCUAACCACAAACGAAGAAUGCUUGCCUCGGCCUUCCAAGUUGUCAACGUGGAGCUUAGUGAAAAUCUACUUACUUCUACUGGGAGUUGCAGUUCUGAUACUCAAUGAGGCUUACAUAAAUCGACUGAAACGCUUGAUUUGCGCGUGGUUCUAUCCGAAACGCGAAAAGCAGCGAAUUCUGUACCUGUAUAACCGCAUGCUCAAAAGAAGAAAGCAGUUGCAACAAUCGCUAAUAGAACGACUAAGAGAGCACAUCCGUGAGAUAAAAUACGGCUCAAGAUUGAAGUUUUUGGACCGUUUAAUGUUUUACUUUCCAACGUGCUGUGGUUGGAUUAGAAUUAUCAACAGAAAAGCGUGCAGCAUAUGCAGCUUCAAAGGCACUGGUACAUUGAACGAGUGUCAAAGCUAUAACUGCUUUUUAGUGUACUGUGAAGAAUGCUGGCAAGAUGUAAACCGAAAAUGUUUAGCCUGCGAGAAUGAGUCGAUCCUGAAUCAUGACUGUACAUUAGAUAGUUUAAAUUAUUGAAAUAAAGUUUUUUUAAGUUCAAAAAGUCGCGCGACUGUUUAGUGACUGCCAUUUCCACUCUCGACCUCUCGACCAUUUAUAACGCUCAUGUGUAAAGAUGAGUGGGUGUAUGUUCUUGUAGAUAGAAGUGAAAGUUGCUAUGACAAUGAUGUACUCAUCUUUGCAGUUUUGAAUUCCUUUCACGAUUUGAGCAGGUAUUCAUGCUAUUAUAUGCUGUGACUACGUUUAGAAGUAUGAAAACCAGGAUGAAAUUAUGAUUUAGUCCUCGAUUGAUCAAUUUGACCCUACUAUACGAUACAAAAAUAUCGAGUUUUGUCGAUUUAAUUGCUAUUUCAUUGACUUGCUAUCAACACGUAAUGAAUGCGUGCGGCAUCAAUCACACUCGCGAAUCAGAUUAUUAAGAACAUAUUAAGAAAUUGAUAGUAAGGUUUGCUCAUUUUAUGAUCAGUGGGUCAUAAAGAUUCCUACAGCAAAAGACUCGGUUUCAUGUCAUAGAAGUUCGAUUCAUUUGAUGUCUGUGUCAUAAACGUGGCUACAUAUAUUUCCCUACACUUUCUAUUUGCCAUCAAUUUUAUUGCAUUUCAACCAGUACCACAUUCUUUUGCCAGAAAGCAAGGGUAUAAUUCCUAUAAAAAAAAAUACGCACUCCUGACCCGAUUGGAGAUAGUUUACUGCAUUCCAAAUGAAUCAUUAGAGUGUGAGAAUUGGUUUCAUUAGAUCUGAUGGCUCUCAAUAUGUGCAUACGCAAAGCGCGUCCACCCCGGGGGAUAAACAAAUUGCACAUUUUCUAGGGUAAUUGAUUUUUACUACCUUUUACGCGAGACGAGCCGAGGUGAACUAGCCGUGAUUUAGGCAUUCUACACAGUCUGUAAAAGUCUGUAAAGGUAUAUGUGAGAAGGGACCAUCGACUCAUGGAAAUAUCGAGUAGUGGAACAGAAAUCCUUUUGGAGGCAUUUUGGAGGGACCAUCAUAGUAACCUAGAAAUUAUUUUUUGCAAUUUCUCAUCGUAAUAGGCUGUUUUACCUCACGCAAAUCUGACAGGAAAAGGCCUACUCUCCCACACCAAAUUAACAGUAUUGUAAUGGUUCAUUACAGCACUGAUUUGCGUUGCGUAAUGAACCAUUACAUCACUGUUUUCAGUUUUGAUCAACUUCUUGAUGCUUUCUGGAUGCAAUUUUGAAAAAUUGUGACAACUGCACAGUAUAACCUGCUAUGAUCAGAUUUUCUUAAGCAUGGCUAUGGGCAUCAGUAUGCAGUUUGAUGAAAAAUUUUGUUCAAGUGGUAAUUUAUGAACUUGCAAAAAACGUUGUACGCAACUCGGUGCAGAACUCGAUUUUUACAGCACUCGUCGUAAUUAUCCAACUCGGCAAGCCUCGUUGGAUAAAUGUACGACUCGUUCUGUAAAAAUCGUCAUUCUGCACCUUGUUGCGUAAA